GCCGAAGUUUCAGAAAACCCCCUUCUUUCCUACCCCUUCUCUGUUCCCUCUACCCUUUUCCCCGCCUCUCGAGGUAAAAAACAGUGGUAACCGAUUAAUUUGACUGCCAUGGCCGCCAUGGAUCUGCAACUGCCUCCUGGAUUCCGCUUCCAUCCGACCGAUGAAGAGCUCGUCAUGCAUUAUUUGUGCCGGAAAUGCGCUUCACAAUCCAUUUCCGUUCCGAUUAUCGCAGAGAUUGACCUCUACAAGUACGAUCCGUGGGAUCUGCCAGGUAUGGCUCUGUAUGGUGAGAAAGAGUGGUACUUCUUUUCGCCUAGGGACCGGAAGUAUCCAAAUGGUUCGAGACCAAAUCGAGCGGCGGGGAGCGGUUACUGGAAGGCGACCGGAGCCGAUAAGCCGAUUGGCCAACCGAAGCCUGUUGGUAUAAAGAAGGCGUUGGUGUUUUACUCCGGCAAGGCUCCUAGAGGCGAAAAGACGAACUGGAUUAUGCACGAAUAUCGUCUUGCCGACGUCGACCGCUCUGCCAGGAAGAAGAACCACAGCCUUCGGCUGGAUGAUUGGGUACUGUGCCGCAUAUACAACAAGAAAGGUGCAAUCGAGCGGCAGCCGGCGCCGCCGAAGAUGACGAGUGCAGUGACGUCAGAGGAGGAUAUGAAGCCGGCGAUCCUGAAAGCGGUCCCGGAGGCAUCUCCGAUGGUGUACGACGACUUUAUGUACCUGGAUCCCUCGGAUUCGAUGCCGCGGCUGCACACAGAUUCGAGCUGCUCUGAGCACGUGCUGUCGCCGGAGGUGGAGAGCGCGCCGAAGCUGGCGGACUGGGAGAAGUCCGCCCUGGAAUUUCCGUUCAGCAGCUACUUGGACAGCUGCUCGCUCAUCGGCGGCUCGCAGUUUCCGGCGAACUAUCCGAUGGAGGACGUGAUGGAGUAUCUCUCCAAGCCCUUCUGAACCGGACCGGACCGGACCGGGUGGCUGUGCGCACGUGACACAGGAGACCUAGCUCUAUGACCGUGCACGUGACACCGCAACAAGAGAGCUGCUACUAGUAUUUACUAAUUACUGUCAGUAAUUUGGAAUUUGGUCUGGUUGAAAAUUGAAAUUCUUAGUAAAUAAAUACUCUACUAGUAUUUAUUGUUUAUCCCCCCAAGCUCUGAAAAAUAUAUAUGUAAGAAGGGAUGGAUGGAUCAUCUCUGAUGCGCUGUAUAUAUAUAUAUAUAUAUUUAAUUUUUUGUUGA